AUGACUUUUCCAAUUCUCGUGCUGCUCCUCGUGCUCUUCUUCUUCUCGUUUGCCACGUGUCAAUGGUACGGCGGCGGCGGCGGUCUCGACAAUUACCCGAUGUUCUUCGGCCAUCAGACCGGCAACUCGUACGGCAACAGCUACGUCGGCAACGAUCUCGCCGGCCUUUACCUAUUCUGCAAUGGCAUCGGAUGUCCCGGACGCGGAUAA